AUGGGAAACGCCGACGGGUUGUCGAGACUUGCACAGGGGCCGGAUGAUUUCGACCGUGCAAUAGCGACUGACAACAUAGCAAACGUGGAAGGUGUUAACCUUCUUUCGACAGAAGCGAUUUCGAUGCUUCCUGUAACGGCGUCUUCUAUCGCAGAAGAGACGGCAAAGGACCCGGUGUUUGUCCAACUCUCCCAUCACUUACUGGAAGGUCGUUCUGCUGGGGAAGACAAGCCGGAACUUCGUGCUUACUUACACCGUGAAAUGGUUAUAGAUGCUCAUAGCAAGUGGCCGGAAGUUGUCCAAGUACGCCGUCAGACUGUGACUGAUACCUUGAAGGCCUUCCAAGAAAUCUUCCUGCGGCAGGGUACCCCUGAGCAGUUGGUGACCGAUAAUGGCCCACAGUUCACCAGUGCUGAUUUCAAAUCCUUCUUGGAGCUACGGGGAAUCCGUCACAUUCUCACACCACCCUAUCACCCCAAGUCCAACGGACAAGCUGAAAACUUCGUAAGGUCCCUGAAGCAAGCCUUACGUCGUGCUCAAGCUCGGAAGGAGGAGGAGCCUGUUGGAACGUUUCUCGCGAUAUACAGAGCUACCCCACACGUGUCGACCGGCAAGUCACCCUGCGAGCUGCUAAACAAGAGACUCUUCAGGAUGACUCUAGACCUGGUCCGACCAUCCCGGCGCGAAAGUGGCGACGUCGUCAUGCCACUCACACAGAACAAGUCUACCAGGAAUUUCCAAGUCAUGGAAAAGGUCUGGGUAAAGGAUCCAACUCAAAAACAUCACUGGAUCAAGGGCGUCGUCUUGGGACGCAUAGGUAAUGUUAUAUACGACGUGGACGUGGAAGGUAAGAAGCGCCGCCGUGUUCACGCCGAUCACUUGAAGAGAAGAAUCUCUGCGGACGAUGUGCCAAAUGCUGAUGUCGAGAGCACAACCCGUCCAACUGGUCGAUUAGAUCUCCCAGUGGGUCUUGCCUUCAGCUCCCGGCACCCAACUGAGAUACUUCCUCACGAUGACCUUCCUGCGUCGUCGUCCAUGGCGUCUCCUGAUCGUCGGCCCCCUGUCCCUACCAGAAGAUAUCCUGUGCGUCGUCGUCGAUCUCCCGCACGCUUCAAAUUCACAACGUUAGGAGGGAGGGAUGUAGUGGAUGACGACGACGUUACGGAAGAUGGACAACGAGCCGCGUGA